AUGCCAUCACUAAAUGAUGUGCCAGGUGUUAGGCCAAUGACUACAAAUAAUCUUACUGAACGAAUGAAUAAGUUAAUUGAAGGUCAAUGCAUAAGCACUCAGCCAAUUAACCGUUUUAUCGAGAGGCUAUAUGGCAUUACUUUAGUGCGAGAUAAUAUUAUUAAAGAGACCUCUUCACAACUCAUAUUCGAAGCAGUCAAACCUGCAGUUAAAGAAUUGGAUACAUAUUUCUAUGUGAAAAAAGGAAAUAACAAGUUUCGAUCACCAUACACUAUGAGAGAUAUUUACAUUGAUAAUAAAUUAUAUCAAUUACUUAAACCAAUGCUAGAUAAACUUGCAUCAAAACAUCCAAUUGAACAACAAGAUAACUAUUAUCUUGUUAAUAUUUCUACUGCUCGUUUAUUUAAUGAUGUCGAAAAUAAGAAAAUUAUACUUGAUAUUAUAAAGCAUGAUCUUGUGCUAUAUUUUCGUAAUAAGGAACGUGCAAUGCCAAAUGAGCAGAAAAAUUUUAUCAUUUAUAAUAACUCUAUUGAUGCUGCAUUUGGUGAGAUCCUUCAAUUUUAUUCAGCACGAGGUAGUGAUAUCUUUUUUUCAAGUGAACGUGGUGUUACAGAGCAAGACCCAUUUUGUCCUGCUGAAAUGCUAAUACAAAAAGUAUCAAGUGUUGAAGCUUCUAAGGUACAUGGGGCAAAGCCACGAAAGUCUAAUGGUUUUGUACCUACAGAAAAUAAAGAGAAUAAUUUUAUUGAUAAUGAUUCAAUGCUGCUUGAGGACGAAAUGGAGUUAUCAGACACAUCUGAGUUGAAAGGGACUUCAGAAGAUAAUACAAGAGAAACAUUACGUCUAAUAGCAUCAUCAAUUCAAAA